GCAACUCACAGUAGUGUGCUGGCGGUAGUGAGAGGAGGGUGUGCCGCUGGUCCCUCCCUGUGUGGCUGACCUGCUCCCUGCUGGGGACUUUAUAUAUAGAAGCGAUUGUCAAGUGGAUGUGUGGCUCCGAACUCUGGCUCAUUGCGGCUCUAGUGCCCGGGGUGACUGCUUGUUUGGGCGUGUAUGAGUACUGUUUGGGCAAGCGAUGAAUGGUGAAGUGGUGGUGUGUGGAGGCGGCGGCGGCGGCGGCGUGGGGAUGAUGAAGACCAGCAAAGUGAGCAAGGCUGGCCCUAGCGGGUGGUCAGCUGGCCACCACCACCUCCACCACCAUCACCACCACCACGACCCUUGGAUCCAGCCCCCCGUCACCACCCCCGCCAGCCUCAGCCCCAAGGAACCCCCCACCAACACCUCCAUGGACUCUGGGGUGGCUGGCCUGCGGGACACCCCCGUACACACCCCCGCCCCCAUCCACCACCACAACAACACCACCACUGCCACCAUCACCACCACCACCACCACCAUCACCACCAACACCAACAGCAACAAUAACAACAACAACAACAACAUGGGUGGCGGCAAAGGGAACAACAACAAUAACAAUAAUAACAAUAACAACGAGGACUAUGAUGUGCCCAAGUUCAUCGUUGACCACAGCACCAGAGCCACCUACAUGAAGGGCCGCUUCUUGGGCAAGGGUGGCUUCGCUCGAGUACACGAAGUCACGGAUCUCAUCACCAACAUGACCUACGCUGGCAAGAUAAUCCCGAAGUGUAGGAUCACCAAGCCCCAUCACAAGGAGAAGAUCGCACGGGAGAUUGAGGUCCACCGUCACCUUCGUCACCAGCACGUCGUCCGCUUCCACCACUACUUCGAGGACGACGCCAACGUGUACAUCAUUCUCGAGAACUGCGCCAGGAGGAGUCUAGUGCACGUGUUGAAGCACCGACGCACCCUGACGGAGCCUGAGGUGCGGUACUACAUGCGGCAGCUGGCGGAGGGCGUCGCGUAUGUCCACCAGCAGCACGUCAUCCACCGCGACCUCAAGCUGGGCAACAUGUUUCUCACGGAGGACAUGUCAGUGAAGAUUGGGGACUUUGGGUUAGCCACGCGCGUCGACGAUAAUCGGAACGUCAGGACCAUAUGUGGCACCCCGAACUACAUUGCCCCUGAAGUGCUCAACAAACUUGGCCAUUCUUACGACGCGGACAUCUGGGCCAUGGGAUGCAUCAUGUACGCUCUCCUAGUCGGCCAGCCGCCUUUCGAGACAGAUUCACUCAAGGAAACGUACUCGCGCAUCACCACAAACAAAUACGUCAUUCCACCACUUGUGAGCGACGCUGCCCGCAACCUCAUCCGCCGCUUCCUCCACCCAGACCCCAACGCGCGGCCCCGCCUGGACCAGCUGCUGAGCCACGAGUUCUUCACGUCAGGUGUGGUGCCAACGUCCUUACCUCCUUCAGCCUGCACUCAGCCUCCUAAGUUUGGGCUUGAGGUGAUCGGCAAGUCGGUGUCUAUGCCAGAACAGCAGCUUCAGCACCCUCCUUCCCUGCCUCAGUCUCAGUCCCAGCAGCAGCACCCUCUCUGUCAGGACAUCAAGAAGAUCACCUCCUCAGUCUCCACUCUACGGAUCCCCAACCAGAAGCCUCAGACGGACAAGAUAUCCAUUCUGGAGGGAGGUCUUGGUCUAGGCAGUCCUCCCCCCACCCGGCCUACCAACACUGCAGUCCCCAAGGAGGAGAACCGCAAGAAGGACUCGGGAGGCACCCUGUCCUCAUGUCUGCGGCAGAAGCUCUCCUCUGUCAUCUGCACCACGGACAACAAAGCCUCAACGGGCACUGUGGUGACAGCCAAGAAGAGGGACGUCACCUCGGGGACUCUGUAUAACCUGCUGGCAUCCUGUCUGGACAACAUGCCUGAUGACAUGAGCACCAAUCCUGCUGUCCUCAAUCACACUCCACUCUUCAUCUCCAAGUGGAUUGACUACUCCAAUAAGUACGGCUUUGGCUACCAGCUGUCAGACAACUGUGUGGGCGUGUUCUUCAAUGACCUCACCCGCAUCAGCAUAAGUCCAGACAAGAGCCGAGUAGAGUUCACGGACUCGACUGGGCGACUAGUGGUGCACCAGGCCGGUUCAUUACCAGCCUGGCUGCAGGAACGUUACCAGCUGCUGCGUUACUUUGCCACCUACAUGGAGGAGAACCUGACAGAAGCUGGGGAUGUGCGGAGCAGUCGGGCAGUAGUCGGGCGAGGCAAUGUCAUUCCUCACGUGAGGCGCUGGGACCGGACACCAAAGUCCAUCAUUAUGCAGCUUAGCAAUGGCACCUUCCAGAUCAACUUCUUUAAGGACCACACCAAGAUAGUGAUUGCCGGUGAGCGAUCAGAUGUGAGCAUCAUGUUCAUCAGCAGUGACCGUCAGUCCUUCACCUACCGCCUCUCCCAGCUGGCUGAGGUGGGCUGCGAUGCCAUGGUGCGGGAGCGGCUGGUUUAUGCUCUCUCCUGCCUCCGCCAGUAUGCUGAGUUGGAUGGAGAGGAGGUCUGAUGGAAAGCUUAUUCUAUUCCCAACCUUCAUCAUUUUGCCAUGAGAUUUUGGAAGGUCUUUUUUGUCUGUUAAGUUCUUGGAUGAAAUGAGUGUUUGAUGUUUUGUUGGCUUGUCCGAAAGGAAGUGGAAAUUGUUCAUGGUGGAAAAAUGUUAUACUGUGAAUCAUCAUGUCAUGAAAAGUUUAAGUUUGCUUUAAGUGAAACAUUAAUGCAUAGUGCUCAUUGAGAAUGCACUAUAAUAUGUUACACUGGAAUCUUCAACAUGGAUGCACUGUAUUUAUUGAGGAAAGGAAAGGUUUUAGUGUGUGAGCUGCUGCAUCAGUGAAUGGUGUGUAGGAACUGUAAACUAUGCAAAAACUGUACAGUACUAUUGCCUGCACAUCAACAUACACAGCUGUGCAGCAGCUUUGUUAUAACAUUUCUCCUGAGAAACGGAAACCAACACCUGUGUUUGAGACCAAUGGAGCAUGAGCGCUCUACCUCACAGCUACUACUGUUAGUUAUGUAUCAAAUCACUGCCCAUGAUGAUAGUCAAAAGGGCACAGAAAAGCCUACUUGGCCUCCCCCAUGCACUCCUUCACUGCGCCAGUGUAACUCCAGACUGAACUGUGUGGCUGCCAAGGGUGUGUUGGGGAGGCUGGUGACGUGUUCUCCGUGUUGCCCCCAGUGUUUACCAAAGAGUGCAGAAGGGGGGGCAGUGUUGCACAGAGUGGAUGAAACAGAAGUAUUGGUGGCACGCCAGGCAAGAUGCUUCAGGCAGCAAGAAGUGAUGGCUGUCUGGGCGAGGUGACAAGAGGUUGUGCCAGGAACAUUGUAAAAUACCUCUUCUGUGCAUUAACAUUCAGUUCUGAAAUCCGUUUAUAUGUAUAUGUAUAUACAUAUAGUAUAUAUAUCAAGUUUAAUCAAAUCAAUAAUGAUCUCUUAUGCUAACCUGCUCAAUGAUUCAAAUAAAAAUGUGCAUUCUUGGCAUAAUUUUGCAAUGUCUGUUUUUAGAGGAGUUAUGUGCAAUCUUAAAGUAAUAGGUUCUGUGGCAGGCAACAAGGAGUCAGUCAUGCUCAGAAUACUAAGUGAUGCAUUCUUGUCGGCUGUCUUAAAACUGAGGUGAAAGAUCAUUUUUCUUUCAAAGUAUGGAAAUGCAAGUCCGUCCCUGUGUGUAGUGCAGCAUCAGAAGUGUGUGUGUGUGUGUGUGUGUGUGUGUGUGUGUGUGUGUGUGUGUGUGUGUGUGUGUUUACAUUGUAGUGUACAUAUAGUGUUUGAGUCAAGCUCAUGUUGUCCUGUCUCCAUAUCUACUUUUGUCCUCAACUUUAUCUUAAAAAUCUAAAGAUAUUCCCUACUGACUUGAUUUCCAUAUCCACAUCAUUCCAGCAGUCAGUGCUUUGUGGAAGAUAUAUUUUUGAACAUUCAGCAUUCAUUAUUCAUUAUUUUUAUUCACGCCUUUCUCUUCUUCCAUUUUCUCUUGUCUGGAAAUAACUUUGCCAACCUUUCCAAUCUUUGUACAUACUCUGAAAGCUUUGACAUUUUCUUCUAAUUUUCUCCUGUUCUACCUCAUGACUGCCCUUGUUAAUCUUCCUUCUAGAUCAUUUGUAUAAAAGGAUUAUACUUUGGUGACAUAUCCUUUCUUAAAUUCUUGUUGACAGUAUUUUUUAAUUUUUCAAGUUAUCAGUAUACAAGGAGAAACGAUCAAAUCCUGUAUCAUUAUAAGUUAAUCUAAAUCCUCUUCUUAUUAGAACUGCUUUCAUUGCCUGCUCACUACAAUGUGUGUGUGUGUGUGUGUGUGUGUGUGUGUGUGUGUGUGUGUGUGUGUGUGUGUGUGUGUGUGUGUGUGCACACUUAAUUGUUGCUGGUACUGCUGCUGCUGUUGUAUCUUUGAGGAGCAGAACCAACACCUGAGCAGAGUAGAGGAUAUUGGUGAUAGGGAAGAUCUGGCACAGUGACAGGAGGUGUAUUCACCUCAACGAGUGAGUGACGAUUUACAUGAGAACGCUGUGUUGUCUGAGAGUGAUUGGUGACCCACUUCUCCCUCUGCAUGGGAACUACCACACUCACAUUACCCGUGUUCCAAAAUAUUAUGAGGCCUUUUUCACAACCAAAGAGUGAAUGGUAUAAGGAAAUAUUGUUCCCUUUUUGGCUCAGGAUAUUUCUCUACCAAAUGUCAGAUUUGGUGUUGACAGCCAAGUUGGGCAUCAAUCCUAUUAUCUUGCAAAAGAACCAAUGAUACUUAAUGUGUAGUACAUUUCUGAAAACUUAAGCUGGUUAUUUUGUUUACUUUAAUGGGAAUUCACUUAAAUCAAACAAUCCUCCUGUGAGGCACAUUAAAAGUUUAGUACAAACUCAAAUGCACCGGGAAGGAACCAGUCUGGGUGUUUAGCAAAGCAGGCGACUUCAGUAAUGAUCUCAUCUAAUUGUAAUCCAUUAUAUUUCUUCAUGUUUCUGUCACUGUUCUUGGCACCGUAGCAAGGCCGAGGGGACCCGGGAGAUGGCAGCACCAUUGUCCACCACCAACCACUUGUUUUGAUUGUAGCUUUAUGUUCAGAAGGGUUUAUUUGAAGGAAUUGUUUGUGGUGACUUAAAUGGUCAGUGCACAGCAAGGACUACCAGCAGCCUGGGUCCUCAGCUGCUGUUGCCAGGUCAACAUGAUGUAUUUAUUAGAAUAUUUCUCUGCUGUGAGGUCUUGUCCUCUGUUUUCUGUCUUACCAAAGAUGGCAGGAAUUACUAGUGUUCUACUUCAAUGCAGAGAAACUAGACAAGCUUUUAUUAUUUCCAAAUCUACAGAAUAGAAUGCUUUCUGUAGUCUAGACACUGUUGAGGAAAGGCACAAAGAGGUCUCCCAGUUGUACAGGUUGACCUCCAGCUUUGCCUAGUCAUUUUCAAGUUUAAUAGAAAAUUAAUAGUGUUUCUGACAACUGCAUUGCCUGCUGGAGGCUGGAGUGGCCCCGGGGCACCAGGGCAGAGGUGGCUGCCAGAGACUGUGCCAAGAAUCCCUUAUAUAAUACUGUUGUAGGACACCAUUACUAUUAUUGAUAUAGUAGUAAUAACCAUAUUGUUGUAAUCUAUUUAUUUUUAUCAUGCAUCUGUGAUUCCUUGUCUUUGUUACUUGUACAUUUUUUUGUUUGUGAUAUUCAUUGGUUUUCAUUUUUUUAUAAGUAUGUAUGCAAUUGUAUGUAUAAUGUGCAGCAUUGAUUUAAGGCUGUGUUGUGUUAGAUUUAUAAACUUGUUAAGCGUAGCGCUCAGGUCUUUCACAAGCUGUUGUAGCUAAGUGGUCUUCCUCGGGUUAUUUGUUCUUCAUCUCUGGCAUUGGUUGUAAUUACCAAAAUCCUUCAAAUUGGUGCCUUGAUACACAAGCGGUGAGAGGCAGCCACCCUCACCACCAACCCUGUGUGGUGGUGGGUGGUGCCACACUGACCUGGUGGUGGUCACUUCUGGUGAGCAAAUCUGUAAUUGUUGUAAUGAAAGAUGCCUGGAUAUUACACUUAAAAACAAUCUCUUCCAUAUUGUAGCUGUACCAAGUUAGUAUUUUAGUACAGACUGUUGCUCUCUCUACCACAAGACUGCAGUGGUGGGGCAGGCAGGCACCACAGCACCACAGGCCGGCAAGUCAGCAGGGCAUCGCAGCGCUGUUGGCGCGGGCUUCCAGUGGGGCAAGGCCUUGGUCCAGGUUCCCAGGUGCUUUUGGCCCAUAGUGAGAGUCUCUUUGACUGUAAUUCAUAGGUUUAAUGUAGCCAAUACUGAAUUUGAUUGCCUUUAGGGGUAAUGACUAGUCAAAGGGACAGGCAGAGGUUGGACCAAUUUGACCUCAGCAAGUGAGGGCAGCUGCAGGAGUGUCUGAUGUGGCAAAGAUUCCUUCCAUAACAGUACACAGAGUGAGCGGCGUUGGCCGGGCCGCGGCUCCCGAGUCCCGACACCAGUGUUAACUGUUCCUCUCGGGGCCAGUGUGCUGCCAGCAUCACUUGCCUUGCUCUGUAAUGUCCAGUUCAAUAUUGCAUUAUUAAGCUAAGUAGCCCACUCAAGACAUGUAUAUAAACCAUAAUGUAAGAAUAAUGGAAGUAGUCAUCUUGAAUCUGUGCAGUAUGAUGUACAUUACAGACUGUCACGGUCUUUCAUUUUUCUUUAUUUUUUUUUAUUUUUUUUUAUUUAUUAUUUUUUUUUUGCAUCUUGUAGACUUUAAUGCUUUUGUUUGUAAUAAAUCGUUGAAGAUC